CUUUCUUCUUGCAACAUCAGAGGGAAAAGCCAUGACCAAAGAAAAGGUCACACCACGAGAGGUGGCAGUCGCGCUGCCAUUCUGUCGUGACCAAGACGGUGCGGUGCACAUCUGCUUGGUAACAUCAAGGAAGCACGAUGGCAAAUACGUCUUGCCCAAGGGCGGUGUCGAAAAGAGCGAUGCCGAUUCGAGGAGCGCAGCGAUCCGGGAGAUGUGGGAAGAGGCUGGUCUUCGUCCCAGCGCACAGCAACAGCAACCUGGCCCCUCAAACUCGAUUCGAGAUCACAAGCCGCACAAACACUCUCCUUCACCAGACCCAAGCUCGGACGACUUUGUGCCACGGGCCGUCUACACUGCGCACCAGGUGCAGAUUGAGCGGGGCGCGGCGGGCGAAGAGUCACAGUGGCCGGAAAUGGACGAGCGAGCCAGGGCUUGGUUUCCACUCGACGUUGCCUGCGAAAAGACGGCGUGGCGGGGAGACAUUGGUCAACUUCUUCGGGCUGCUCAGUUCUAGACUAUGCCUUUUCUUGUCUAAUAGGAAGGCUUGCAACGCUAUUCCCCUUUGGCCAUCUCGGGAAAAGCAGAGACAGAGAGACUGAGAGACAGCGCCGGGUACGUGCGAGCGCGUGACGAGCCUAAAAAAGUCGAAAGGGCCAAAAGUGACACUCGAGCCCCUCCUCGCGUGUCCCAGGCGUG